CUGCUGUGAUCAUACUUUCUGCAUUAAUACUGGUCAAGGCUGCAAAAUGUCCCAGAAUGUGCAGCUGUGACAAUACUAAGCUCACUGUUACCUGUGCAGGCAAGAAUCUUACAAAAGUUCCCGCAGCUGUAGAUGAGAUAACAGUGAAAUUAAACUUGAGGAACAACAACAUGAAGAGCCUUCCUAAAGGGAGUUUUAUACAGACACCAUAUCUCACCCAUUUAAACCUUCAAAGCUGUAACAUUGAACAUGUUAAAGAGGGAGCUUUCAGGAGCCUGGGGCGUCUGCUCAACUUAAACCUGGCCUACAAUAAAAUUGACAUGUUGUAUCAGGAGUCCUUUGAUGGGCUUUCAGCCUUAAAGGAGCUGAAUCUGCAUCAUAAUCGCAUAGAGGAGAUCCAGCCCGGUGCCUUCACUCAGCUCGGAGUUCUCAAUAUGUUAACACUUAGUCACAAUCAGUUGGUUUACAUACCCAACAUGGUUUUUCAGGGUCUCCACAACAUAAAGUGGCUGCGUCUGAGCCAUAACUUGCUGAACAACCUGGCACCCGAGGCUUUUGCAGGUCUGUUCACACUCACCCGCCUAAGUUUGGACCACAAUGAGCUGCAGUUUUUCCCAACUCAGACCAUGACAAGACUCCCUGAGGUCACGCGUCUGGACAUGAACCACAACCCUAUGAUGUACCUUGGAGACGAGGCUGUCUCUAUGGCCAAGCUCACACACCUCUAUCUGGACCACAUGUCUCUGCAGGACGUCUCAGACCAGGCGCUGUCCAAGGCCCCACGUGUGUCCCAUCUGGAUGUUAGCUACAAUCAGCUCCACUACCUGGAGCCACUGUCAGGGCCUAAGGAGCUGAUCAGCCUCAACCUCACAGGUAACCCUGUGUACUGUAACUGCUUCUUACGACAAUUGAGGCAGUGGGCGCAGAAGAAUACUGUGAAGCUCUUUGGCUCGUGCACAGGGCCUAGUCACCUCGCAGAUGAACCUCUGGAGAAAAUGAAGGUUUUAGAUCUACGCUGUCGCCGAGGGGAGUCACUCAAAGAGGAGAAUGAGAAAGACGACGCACCGACUCAACCAACAAAAACAGAGCCAAAGGUCCAGUGUCCGGACAACUGCGACUGCAAUGUUGACGGUCAGCAUGCCACCUGUGAGGGCAGAGGUCACACCAAAGUCCCCAAAGGCUUCCCUGCUAUUACACAGUUACUGGAUCUUCGCAACAACCACUUCCACUACCUCCCUGUAAACAGCUUUAAAACAGUCGGCAGUGUCAUUUCACUUCAUCUUGAACUUUGCAAAAUCCAUGAGAUUGAAAGUGGCGCCUUCAGUGGAAUGAAAAAACUGCUGUAUCUCUAUCUGUCCGACAAUGAUCUCACAUCACUGGAUCCUGAGGCAUUUAAAGGAGCCCCAGAGCUAACGUACCUUCACCUGGAGGGGAACAGGCUGCUGGAGUUUCCUGGAACAGCUCUGGCACAAGUUCCACAUUUGUUCGUCCUCCAUUUAGAACGUAAUGUCAUCUCAAAACUUGAACCUUCUGGCUUAUUGUCAUCAACUGCUCCGAAUCUCAGAGAACUUUAUUUGACCAACAACACCAUAACAGCUGUGGCUAAAGAUGCUCUUGACUCAGAACUCCUCGCUGUACUGUACGUGGACAUGAACCAGCUGAAGGAGGUGCCCACCCGAGGUCUGUCAAAGACAAGUCAACUCGAGGACCUCAAUCUGUCCCACAACUCGAUCAAGUGGGUCGGACCAAAUGCAUUUCAGCCAGUUUCCCGAACCCUCAAGAAGCUUAAGAUGGAUGAGACGGGCAUUGAGAAGAUGUCUAGUGACGCUCUGACAGGUCUAGGCCCAGGACUGAGGGCUCUGACUCUGAGAGGAAACCCAGUGGAGGUGCUUCCUGACUUGCGCCCCCUCACUGGUCUGGAGCUUGUAGAUCUAAAUGACAUCCCUCUUCUAUGUGACUGCACUCAGCAAACUUUAUACAGGUGGCUUGGGAGUGUGAACUUCGAGGUCACUGCUACAUGUGCCAGUCCCCCAGAGCAGAAAGGUCAAAAGAUCAGAGAAGUCCUUCUGUUUAAGUCCUGCCGAGAAUCGAGCGAGUCUCCUCCAACUCUAAAAUCAAAGACUGUGUCCCCAAAACCUUCAAAGACAAAGAAAGACAAAGCCAGAUCACAAAAAGGACGAGCAAAGACAAUUUCUACCACAAAAUCUAAAGUUAAACUAUACGGCUGAGUAUAGUUA